AUGUGUAGGGUCUUCCCUAUAACGCUGAAAGGUGCGGCAAGAAUUUGGUUCAGCCGGCUGAAACCCAACUCUAUCAGCACCUUGAAGGAACUAAGCGCUCAAUUUACUGCGCACUUCAUCGGAGGACAUCGGUACAAGAAGUCUACGGCUUGCUUGAUAAGUAUCAAGCAGCGAGAGGAGAAAACGUUGAGGGCCUACAUUUCCCGCUUCAAUAAGGAGGCACUCUCGAUUAACGAAGCCGACGACAAGAUACUUGUAGCAGCAUUCACGAAUGAGCUGAAGAAGGGUAAGUUUUUGUUCUCCCUGUACAAAAACGACCUGAAGACCAUGUCAGAAGUGCUUUACAAGGCCACCAAGUAUAUGAACGCUGAAGACGCGCUGUUGGCCCGAGAAGAAAGGCCCAAGAAAAGAGAAAGGCAAGAAGACAUCCGGCAAGACCAAGGCCGGAAGAAAGCAAGGAGAGGAGACCGAAGGUAUGAAAGAUGCCCUAAGCCCCUGGGGGGAAGAUUCACAAGCUUCACUCCAUUAACCACCCCAAUAGAUCAAGUACUAAUGCAAAUCAAGGACGAUGGGGCUCUGACGUUCCUUGGAAAGCUGAAGAAUGAUCCCAACAAACGGUCUAGGGAUAAAUAUUGCCGCUUCUACCAUGACCAUGGUCACGACACGACCGAUUGCUAUGACCUAAAGCAGUAA